AUGCCUGAUCAAGAAUUCUUAUUAAAAGUAUUUGAAAAAGUAGACAAGAUAGAAGCGGUCACAUACAGCGCGGAAUUGCAACAAGCACUUACCAACGGAACCUGGGCUCCGUUCAGAACGGAACUGUUCACUGAUGAUAGGUUUUUUGACAAGCAAAACCGAGGAACAGUUUCGUUCCAGGAUUUUGGAGCACUUUGGAAAUAUGUGAUUGAUUGGCAACACUGUUUCCGUUCUUUUGACAAGGAUGUCGGAAAUAUCGACAAAAAGGAACUUCAAACCGCCUUGCAAACGUUUGGAUAUCGAAUUUCCCAACAGACGGUUGAAGCGAUUGAGGAGUUUGAUAGGUUUGGCAACAAUACGAUACUAUUUGACGAUAUACAGAUGUGUAUUGUAUUGCAUACAUUGACUGCAUCGUUCAGACUGCAUGAUCUGGACCAAGACGGUGUUAUCACUAUAAAUUACGAGCAGUUUAUGACAGGUGUUCAACAUAAUAAU